AAAGAAAAGAAAAGGAAAAACAACAUGUCACGAAACAAAAUUUAUUUCUAUAUAAUAUAUCAACAUAUACAUAUACUAUACGAAUAAUAUUGGGUGACUGUUGCUUUCUAUCUGUUGUCAUUAUCACCACGUUUUUACUUAUUCACUUUUUUUUUUGUUUGUUAUAUUUAUUAUAGUUUGACCAACCUUCCCUACUCGUCGUCCUUCUCUCCUACUUUUUUUUUGUUUUCUUUUACCUUCCUUCUUCCUUACUUUUUAUAUAUAUAUACAUAAAAAAAUGUCAGCUCAACAACAAACCAACUUGACAUCUCACAAGUUUGUCGAUCCUACUCCUCUUCCCGAAAAUAUCCCCAAGGUAGAUGAAGUAGGUGCCACUUCUGCUCCAUUGAAGAGUGCCUCUUUCUUUAUUGGUGCAUACUGUAAGGAUUACAAUGAAGACUUUAUGCUUUGCAAGAAUGAAAACAAUGAUCCUAAGCAUUGUCUCAAGGAAGGUCGCAAGGUCACUCGCUGUGCUAUUGAUUUAAUCACCAAACUUCGGGAAAACUGUGGAAAGGAAUUUGAUGCUCACUGGCAAUGUUUAGAAAAUAAAAAUCAAGAAUUGUUCAACUGUCGUCAACCUGAAAAGGCUCUCAAUUCCUGUGUUUUUGAAAAAUUGGGCUUGAAAAAGACUAUUCCUGGUGCUCCUGAAGGUCAACAAGUGCAUGAAAAAUCAAACCCUAUCUUCAAACCUCAAAUGAACUAGAUUUCUCCCUUCUUCCUUUUUACACAUACACACAUCUUUGUUGAUUAUAUACAUUUUCUUUUUCUUUUCUUUUCUUAGUAUUAUUCCUCUUUUAUUUACAGAAAUACAGACCUUACAAUAAAUGAAAAAAAUAUC